GCGCAAACACACAGAGUUCUCUCUGCACGGUGGAGCCUGUGCUCGCAAUAGUGACAGUAAUUUUUUUUUUUUAUUUAAAUUUCGAUCCCGAGAGAAGUAACUCGAUCACACCACGCGGGAAGACACACACACGAUCGUUACCAUGAGGACGUACUACGUGAUUGCCGCCAUUCUGAUCGCCGGCGCGACCGCCCAAGAAUCCUUCAAAUGUCCCGACGACUUUGGCUUCUACCCCCAUCACAUAUCCUGCGACAAAUACUGGAAAUGCGACAACAACGUCGCGGAGCUGAAGACGUGCGGCAACGGUCUCGCUUUCGACGCAUCCGACAGCAAGUUCCUCACCGAGAACUGCGACUACCUCCACAACGUGGACUGCGGCGACAGGUCACAAUUGGAACCAGCCAUCAGCACGCCGCAUUGUCCGCGUCUGUACGGUAUUUUCCCCGAUGAGAAGAAAUGCGACGUCUUCUGGAACUGCUGGAACGGUGAGGCCUCCAGGUAUCAGUGCAGCCCUGGACUUGCUUACGACCGGGAAGCUAGAGUCUGCAUGUGGGCUGAUCAAGUACCUGAAUGCAAAAAUGAAGAGGUCGCAGGAGGUUUCGCGUGUCCGGCCGCUGGCGAAGUGAGCGGAGCAUCCGGCAGCUUCAGCAGACACGCCCAUCCUGAAGACUGCAGAAAAUAUUACAUAUGCCUGGAAGGUAUCGCCAGGGAAUAUGGUUGCCCCAUCGGCACCGUCUUCAAGAUUGGAGACGCUGACGGAAGCGGAGCUUGCGAGGAUCCUGAGGAUGUUCCUGGAUGUGAGGAUUACUACGGUGACUUGGACCUAAAGAGCAUCAGGAAGAGCGAGCUGCUUACCGGAAUUCAGCACAACGAGAACAGGAAGCCCCAGAGUAAACCAAGGCCCCCAUCGGCACCUGCGAGGCCCAACGCACCCCUUCAAGAAUAAUUUCUAAUCUCUUACACUCUUUACUCCACCCUUAUCACACCUCUUCGCCCUAUCCAUCCAUCCUCUCAUUCCUUGUACCCCAAAACUUUUGUCUUCUACACAACACACACACACACACAACUCAUACAAUCUCGAGAGAACAUGAUGUUCGAUACCUCGAAAUAUGUAACGCCGGGCGUCAAGAGCAAUACUCGAUCGCAUUCGAGACAGGAUUUGAAUCGAAUGAUUUUGUAGUUUGAGAGAAAUGGUAAUCGAGGUCUGAUUCGAUGAUGGCGACGAUGGACGUUUUAUUCGCGAUUUUAAUUCCACGCGUUUCGAUUGGGGAAUUAUCCAGAGGACGUGGGGAAUUACAGAGACUGAUUGCACCUAUGAAAGAUGGAUAAAAUUGUCCCACAUUUUCUUUUAUUUUUUAUUCGUUGCCAUCGCGCUUGAAAGUUGAAAAUCGAAUUGAAGGUUGAAUCGAUGACUUUUUUAUCGAGUCGAACUUUUAUUUCAUUCUUGUGAGUUCGAUCGAGAAUCUGGAAGGGUUUCGAGUAUGUGAAUAUACUGUUUGUCGAAUGUGAUUUAAAGAAUUCGAUGAAGAAUGAAAAAUGAUUGAAUUCGAACUUGACACUCUUGGCCUCGGUCGAGCAUGCUUGCGUAAACUAGACUCGUCCGUAUAUUUUUAAGUGAUGUGAAAAAUUCGUACAAUAAAUGAAAAAUUCGUGAAAAAUU